CACAAUGUCACUGCUAUGGUUGGAGCUGGUGUUCUUGGUCUCCCCUUUGCUAUGUCACAACUUGGAUGGGGUGCAGGUGUGACUAUACUUAUCCUAUCAUGGAUAAUCACACUAUACACAUUAUGGCAAAUGGUUGAAAUGCAUGAAAUGGUACCAGGAAAACGUUUUGAUAGAUACCAUGAAUUAGGUCAAUAUGCAUUUGGUGAAAAACUAGGUCUUUAUAUUGUGGUGCCUCAACAAAUAGUAGUAGAAGUUGGUGUGAACAUUGUUUACAUGGUCACUGGUGGUAAAUCUUUGCAAAAGUUCCAUGAUACAGUUUGUCCAGAUUGCAAAAAGAUCAAAUUGAGCUUUUUCAUUAUGAUAUUUGCUUCAGCUCAUUUUGUUUUGUCUCAUCUACCAAGCUUCAACUCCAUUUCUGGCAUAUCUUUGGUUGCUGCAGUCAUGUCCUUUUGUUACUCAACAGUUGCUUGGGGAGCAAGUGCAGCUAAGGGAGUAAAAGAAAAUGUACAAUAUACUAGCACUUCUACAAGCACUGCAGGAUCAGUAUUUGAUUUCUUUAAUGCACUUGGCACUGUUGCUUUUGCAUAUGCUGGACACAAUGUAGUGUUGGAAAUCCAAGCAUCAAUUCCAUCAACACCUGAAAAACCAUCCAAAGUUCCUAUGUGGAGAGGAUGUAUUGUUGCAUAUAUUAUUGUUGCUUUGUGCUAUUUCCCUGUUGCUAUUAUUGGUUAUUGGAUGUUUGGUAAUGCUGUUGAGGAUAAUGUUCUUAUAUCUUUGGAGAAACCAGCUUGGCUUAUUGCAAUGGCCAAUUUCUUUGUUGUUUUGCAUGUCAUUGGAAGCUAUCAGAUUUUUGCAAUGCCCGUGUUCGACAUGAUUGAAAGUGUGUUGGUGAAAAAAAUGAACUUCGAACCAAGUAGAAUCCUUCGAUUUGUUGUGCGUAAUGUAUAUGUGGCAUUCACAAUGAUAGUUGCCAUUACCAUUCCAUUUUUCGGUGGUCUACUAGGAUUUUUCGGAGGAUUUGCUUUUGCACCAACAACAUACUUUCUUCCAUGUAUCAUGUGGCUUUCAGUCUAUAAACCUAAGAAAUUCGGUUUGUCUUGGUGGGCUAAUUGGAUAUGUAUUGUGCUUGGGCUAUGUAUAAUGAUUUUAUCACCUAUUGGAGCAUUGAGGAGUAUUAUCCUUGAAGCACACACCUACAAGUUUUUCUCUUAA